CACAGAUGACAAAUCAAGAUGUGCAACAAUGGCAUCAACGUAAUAGAUAACGAAAUUCUUCCAGACUUUUUAAUGAUAUAAAAACUCCAAAAUAGUAAUUGAGCCUCAGUUUACCCCACAAGUCCCACAAGGCGAGUUCCGUUAAAAAAAUGGAUCUUUACUACACCAUCGUUUCUCCACCGUCCCGUUCCGUCCUGCUGCUGGCCAAGCAUCUCGGAGUCGAUUUGAUCCUGAAGAACCUGAACCUGGCCGCCGGAGAACACCUAACGGAUCACUUCCGCAGUAUCAACCCUCAGCAUCUGAUUCCAACCCUGGUCACCGAGGAGGGCGUCCCAAUCUGGGAAGCGAACGCCAUCCUGGUCUAUCUAGCGGAACGAUUCGAUCACGAUGGGCAGGUUUACCCAAGCGAUCUGGCCAAACGUGGUGUGGUUCAGCAGCGACUUUGCUUCGAUCUGGGCACCCUCUACAAAAACAUCCGGGCGUACUACGGACCGAUCGCGACGGGACGCGGAACUCCCGGCGAGGACGUGCGGAGGCUGGUAGACGAAUCGCUGGGCGUUCUGGAGGGAUUUUUGACCGCCGGCAAGUUUGUGGCUGGGGACACGUUGACGGUGGCGGAUUUCGCCGUGAUCACCUCGGUGACGGUGGCAAGUACGCUGAAGCACGAUUUUAGCAAUCUGCCUGUGUGGCUGUGUGAGAUCACGAUGAAGGGAUACGGGGAGAUCUGCCAGCAGGCUUUUACCGCGUGGAAGGCGCAGGUUGAGGCUAGAAAGGCUUGAAGAUCGCCAAAAGUGAGGAAAUGAGAAGAAGUCUUGGUUCAAAAAAAUUUAAAUAUUAUUUCAUAAUAAUUUCUUUGUUUU